AAAACCAAAUCCAAAUACUCUUUUUUACUGUGUUGUUGUAUGUAUUAUCUGUUGUACAACAUAUAGUUGAGUUGUAAAAUUUCCCCCAAACCCAACCAGAUUUCUCCUUCUCACCAACAAUCAGACUUGAAGAAUUUGCGUCACCGAUUUCUCGCGAUCCCGACCUAGAUUCCCUCUAUCUGAAUCCACUUACACCGCCGCAGAUUUACACGGUUGAGGCCUAGGCCUUCGCUGAUUGAUAUAUACUGUAAAUAUUAUAUAUAUUUAUAUAUGUAAUUUGGGUAUUCUAACCUAUUCGGAGUAUGUCGAAAUCACUGCCCUAUUCAAUGAAAGAUGUACAUUACGACAAUGCAAAGUUUCGCCAGCGAUCUGUAAUCAAGGUGAUCACUCAAAAUAUUCUAAACAGUAACAUAAAACGCGAAUGUAUAAAAUGCAGUACAGGAAGGUUUCUUGUGUUAUUAAUGAUUUUUGGUGUAGCGUAUCUCAUGCUGACACAUACAAGCCAUGUUCCAUCAUCAGAUGGCAAUGCCAAAAAUGUUGGCACCGAGGAAGGAAAGAAUUUAUUCACAGAUGGAAGAGGUAGAUUUAGAAGAUUUUGGAGAAAGCCUCCAAGGCUACCUCCACGGUUAUCGCCUGAUGAAAUAGUUACUAGAAAUAAAUCGAUUCAUAACUCUGACAAGAUAGAAUCUGGCCCUGAUUGGAAGGUUCGGCAACAAAGGGUCAAAGAGGCAUUUAUUCAUGCAUGGUCUGGCUAUCGGAACUAUGCAAUGGGAUAUGAUGAACUUAUGCCAUUGAGCCAUAGAGGAGUUGACGGCUUAGGAGGUCUAGGAGCCACCAUUGUGGAUGCUCUUGACACGGCCAUGAUAAUGGGGGUUGAUGAAGUUGUCCAUGAAGCAGGCUCUUGGAUUGAGAAACAUCUUCCUGAGAGGAUUGAUGGGAAAGGGCAAGUAAAUUUAUUUGAAACUACCAUACGUGUUUUGGGUGGUCUUUUGAGUGCUUAUCAUUUAAGUGGGGGAGAACAGGGUGGUAAUGCUUCGACAGGAGGACCUAAGCCAGCUGUUUAUCUUAACAAUGCUAGAAAUUUGGCUGAUCGUCUGCUAAUUGCUUUUACAUCAAGCCCGUCUGCUAUUCCCUUUAGUGAUGUUGUUCUGCGUGAUCGUUCUGCACAUCCUGCUCCUGAUGGAUUGAGUAGUACGGCUGAAGUUUCUACCCUCCAACUUGAGUUCAAUUAUCUCAGUUCUUUGACUGGUGAUCCAAAGUAUGGUUUGGAGUCUAUGAAGGUUUUAGAACACUUGAAGACUCUGCCAAAGGUCAAGGGACUAGUUCCUAUAUACAUAAACCCGCAUACCGGUGAGUUUAGUGGAGACAAUAUUCGACUUGGAUCUCGUGGUGACAGUUACUAUGAGUAUCUCAUAAAAGUCUGGCUUCAGAACAGAGGAAGUAAUUUGACUUAUUUGCACGAUAUGUUUGAAGAAUCAAUGAAAGGUGUCAAAGAACUUCUCGUUCGGAAAUCUGUGCCCAAUGGAUUGGUUUUUGUGGGAGAAUUGCCUUAUGGGCCUGAAGGCGCCUUCACCCCUAAAAUGGAUCAUCUGGUGUGCUUCCUCCCUGGCACUCUUGCUCUUGGUGCUACAAAGGGCAUUGUGAAGGAAAAGGCUAUGAGAGAAAACUUGCUAAAUUUUGAAGAUCUACAAAAUUUGAAGCUUGCUGAAGAUCUAGCUAAGACAUGUUUUGAGAUCUAUUCAGUAACUUCUACUGGUCUUGCUCCAGAAAUAGCAUACUUCAACGUGGAGGGACAAAGUGAACGUGGCCCUGGUGGUGGAAACAAGAAAUCGAAAUAUGUGGAUGACAUAAUUAUAAAACCUGCUGACCGUCACAAUCUCUUGCGACCCGAAACUGUUGAAUCACUGUUUGUUUUGUUCCGCAUCACAGAAGAUCCCAAAUAUCGCGAGUGGGGUUGGGAGAUCUUUGAAGCAUUUGAGAAGUAUACCAAGGUUGACUCUGGAGGCUACACUUCACUGGAUGAUGUUACUGUGCUUCCUCCACACAGAAGAGACAAGAUGGAGACCUUCUUUUUGGGUGAAACAUUGAAGUACCUAUAUUUACUGUUUGGGGACAGAAAUGCCAUUCCAUUGGAUAAGUAUGUAUUUAACACAGAAGCCCAUCCUCUUCCUAUUCAAGGAAAUGCUGGAACAAAAUGAUACUUCCACUAAGAUAAACGUGUUUGAGCUAAAGAAGGCAGGAUUCCAAAUUCAAUUGCGGCUGGCUCAUGCAGCAUUGGAAGAAAUCAUCCUGGAAGCUGGUUAUGUGUGUAAUGAUUGAGAAGUUCAAAGCUGGCUGAUCUUCUGCACUAUAGAGCUAUUCUUCAAAUAGAGUUGCUAUGUAUACUUUUUGAUGUACUGGAAAUUAAUAGCAGGAACUUUACAUAGUGAGAGUUAGAGACAACAGAACGCUCAAAAUCCUGCUAAAUCUUUU